AGUACUUGUUCCAAAACCCCAUGUGACCUCGCUUUCUUGGUUCAAUUUCCAUGUGCCAAGAGCUACAUAAACCCACCUUCUAUCUCCCUCUAUUAGUCUAUUUGUACCUUUGGACAUUAGUCCAUUAUUAUUGCCAAAAUGGGCAGAAAUCUAUGCCACUUCUGUUUUUUGAGUUUCUUUGUUACUCUAACAGUAGCAGAGUCCAAGUGGAACAUUUUGAAUCAGAGAACCAGGAAUGGGAUGAAGAUCAGCUUGAAGAAUUACUGUGAGAGCUGGAGGAUGAAUGUAGAGCUGCACAACAUUAGAGAGUUCCAAGUGGUGCCUGAAGAGUGCAUAGGAUACGUUGGAAAAUAUGUUACUUCGACUCAGUACAAGGUGGACUCAGAAAGGGCUAUUGAGGAGUCCAUUGUGUAUCUAAGUACUAGCUGUACUUUGAAGAAUGAUGGGAGAGAUGUAUGGAUUUUUGACAUUGAUGAUACACUGCUCUCUACUGUGCCUUACUACAAGGGACAUCAUUUCGGGGGUGAGAAGUUGAACCUGACUGCUUUGGAGGAGUGGAUGAGCCAUGGCAAGGCACCUGCUUUGGAACACUCGCUCAAACUCUUCAAUGAGAUCAAAGCCAGAGGGCUGCAUAUCAUUUUGGUUUCUUCAAGGAGGGAGCAUCUUAGAUCAGCCACAAUAAACAACCUUCUCCAUGUUGGCUUCUAUGGGUGGACAAGUCUCAUUUUAAGGGGUCCUGAGGAUGAAGUGAAGGGGGUGCAAGAUUUCAAAGCUGAUGUGAGGAAAAAAUUGACGGUUGGUGGAUACAGAGUUUGGGGCAUAUUGGGAGAUCAAUAUAGCAGCAUUGACGGACUUCCAAGAGCAAAAAGGACGUUCAAACUCCCGAACCCAUUGUACUAUGUUUCUUGAAGAAUCUUCGAGGAUUAAUUAUAUUUUCCUCUGUUUUGAUGUUCAUCCGAUUUAAUUUCCUUGAAGUGAAAAGUAAAUUUUCAUUUAUCCUA